AUGAUUCUGUCUUCAGUUCUAGGAGUGCUCCUGGCAGCGCUGCCCGUAUGGGCUGGGCUAGUCUCCUUUGCCGUACCGGAUACUAUCAAGGACGGCGAUGAAAUUACUGUCAUAGUGACGAUGAACAGCGAGCUGGGUUCUGUAUGGGAUUAUAAUCUGGUGCUCUCGGCCACCGAGCGGUCGCUGCCAUAUGGCUACUUGGGCGGUCGGGGAUUUGCCAUGAUUGAUUUGCGAGGGCUUCCAUUCGGAACCAGCAACUUCACCGUGAACACCAAGGAUACAGGAGUAGGUGCACGUGAAGAUUCGGUCGUUCGAGGAGCAUGGCUCAGCACCGUUGGCGUGAUGGGAAUGCUUCAAACCAGAAUGCAGCAAGUCGCUGUCAAAAGAGGCAGUAGAACGAGCAAAAAUUUCGUGGAUUCCAAGCCAUUGCUCCGCUGA